AUGGAUUGUUUGCGAAAACAAGCCGAGAGGAUUCCUAUUCUGGAUGCGAUCGAGAAGAGAAUGAACAUCAGGAAGGAAUAUGCUCUACUUGGAAUAAGCUUUCUCUGUUUGGUAAUUAUCAUGGCAACAUCUCUCGGCCCUCUAGUAACAUCUACUAUUGGAAUAAUCAUUCCACUUCAGGAAACCCUCGUUAUAUUGAGGCAGGUGAAUCCAAAAAAGGAGGAGACAAAGCACAUGAUUGUGUUCUGGAUGAUUUUCGGGAUUUUGUCGUCUUUAGAUGCCUACUAUAACACUAUCAUCGGAUUCGUCCCCUUAUGGUACACUAUAAAGUUUUUUUUCCUCCUAUGGGCAGGGCCUCUCAAGUUCAGAGGGGGAAUAAUCAUCUAUGACAAUAUACUGGUGCGAAUUCCGGAGAGCUGGUACAGAGAGGAGGGUGGAAUUGAAAACGCAGUAAAAAAGGCCACUGACGCUGUAAAGAGUGUUGCUGAAAACGAACUCAGCAAAAAGGAUGUAAUUGAAAACAGUAAGAAAACCGAUUAA